AUGGCUGUGGAAUCUUUGCAGAUGCAUGCCUUGCCCAGAGAAGAGUACAGGACUCAGCAGGAGAAUGCUAUUGGAGUCCAAGGAUCGCCAAAACCAAGAUCUACUAUUGCCCAAAUUCUGAGCCAUUCUCAGCUGCAAACCGCCGCCAAGCCUCGAGAAGCAUCCACGAGCGAUAUGCAAGAUCCCAAGAGACUCUCCAAGACCCCUAGGCACCCUUCAAGAUCCUGGGAAGAUGAUUCAACCAGGCUACUCCCUUUUCAGAGACCUGAUUGUCUUUUGCCUGCCUCCGACCCUUCUACCAGCUCCCCCUUUUUUAGCCUAACAGAGCAGGAACUUAAGGUGCUCAGAAGAAAAAUGGGAAAGGGGUCAAACUACAUGCAAUUCAGGGACACAACCGUUGCUCGAACGCUGGACCGCCUUGGGCGCGGCUGGGAAGGCUAUAUUCGGGCUAAAGAGGAAGCAGGAGAGGAGGGCAAAGACGACGAGUUUUGGCGGCAAAUCCAGCAUGAGGUCAACUCUGUUCCCACGAACACAAAACCACCUGCCGGAGCAAUCUCCAUUGAGACGGCUGCCAUAGCCGCUCAGAGCAACUACACGACCUCUGUAGGCAGGCUGCAACCUGAGUCUGCGGUCGAGAUCCGACGACUGAGGGAGAAUUCACGGCAGUCAAUGUCAAGUGUUCCUGAAGAGAGCCUGGUUGAUCGUGAAAUUAACUCACCCGACUCGACAAUCGUAUGUCGGGCCCUGAACUCACUGCCUGUUCCCGAAGUCGACUCGCGAUUCCCUCAACGAGGAGUUUCUGAAGUUUCUGACCAUUUUCCGAUUUCCCGGCCCAGACGAAACUUGCAAAGGCCAGACUACAGGAUACAGCCUUUGCCUGAAAGCAGCCCAGAACCGUCAUCUAGAAUACCCUCGCCAACGCCACGGGAACUCUACGAUCAAGUGCAGCCAAAGUUCGUUCAAUAUCACUGCGAGUGGAAAAAAUGCAAGGCGAGUUUGAACAACUUGGGAACCCUCCAAAAGCAUAUACGCAUUGUGCACGGUGAAGAGGCUGCACACACCUUGAAUUGUCUAUGGGGCAGAUGUGGCACCGGUACUACGUACGCAUCAGUUGAGGGUCUCGAACAACAUUUCGAAACUGUUCAUUUAGCCUCACUUAAGUGGAGUCUUGGUGAUGGGCACAAGGGCAACGGUGUAAUGACGAAAGCUUCCGACCUCGGGUUCCCCGUCUAA